UGCAGGUCGAACCCGCAUCACAAGAAGACAGGCGGCGGAAGACAAAAAUGGCUCCUCGUGCUGCCUCUCCGGCUAUGUCGGAGAAUGAAUUCGACAUCACCAGUGCGUUGUUCCAACAUGAUAGCGAUUCCGAGAUCGAGCAGGUCCCCAACAAGAAGGCCAAGCGCCAACCACUCAAGGCGGCCGCGCCGCAGCAGCUCGAUUUCCUCGGCGACAACAACGGUCCCAACGACGACGACGAUGAAGAUGACGAGGCGUUUAUUGCGGAGACACAGGCGUCGGCCAACCGAAAGGCCUCGAAUCUCAAGGGUCGGACGGUGAAAAAGGGCGGUGGCUUUCAGGCGAUGGGACUGAAUGCGAAUCUGUUGAAGGCGAUCACCCGGAAGGGUUUCUCGGUGCCGACGCCGAUCCAGCGCAAGACAAUCCCCGUCAUCAUGGACGACCAGGAUGUAGUGGGCAUGGCCCGCACGGGUUCGGGAAAGACGGCUGCCUUCGUGAUCCCCAUGAUUGAGAAGCUGAAGAGCCACAGCACCAAGGUGGGGUCCCGCGCGCUGAUCCUGUCGCCCUCGCGCGAGCUGGCGCUGCAGACCCUCAAGGUCGUCAAGGAGCUCGGCAAGGGCACCGACCUCAAGUCCGUGCUGCUGGUCGGUGGUGACAGCCUCGAGGAGCAGUUCUCCAUGAUGGCCGGCAACCCGGACAUCGUCAUCGCCACCCCCGGUCGUUUCCUGCAUCUCAAGGUCGAGAUGAAUCUGGAUAUGUCGAGCAUCCGCUAUGUCGUCUUUGAUGAGGCCGAUCGUCUCUUCGAGAUGGGCUUCGCCGCGCAGCUGACCGAGAUUCUGCACGGCUUGCCCCAGAACCGCCAGACCCUGCUGUUCUCGGCCACCCUGCCCAAGUCGCUGGUCGAGUUCGCCCGCGCCGGUCUGCAGGACCCGACGCUCAUUCGGUUGGAUACCGAGAGCAAGAUCUCCCCGGAUCUGCAGAAUGCGUUCUUUUCUGUCAAGUCCGGCGACAAGGAGGGUGCGCUGCUUUACAUUCUUCACGACGUGAUCAAGAUGCCCACGGGCCCCACCGAGGCUGCGCAGCGUCAGAAGGAGGACGAGAAGAAGAGCUUCAAGGACCGAAAGCGCAAGCGGUCGGCAAUGGACAAAGCUAUCAAUACGAAAGAGUCCCCGACGAAACACUCGACGAUCGUCUUCGCCGCCACGAAACACCAUGUCGACUUCCUGUAUUCGCUCCUCUGCGAAGCGGGCUUCGCCACCUCCUACGUGUACGGUUCCCUCGACCAGACUGCCCGGAAGAUCCAGGUCCAGAACUUCAGGUCUGGUAUCUCCAACAUCCUAGUUGUCACCGACGUCGCGGCCAGAGGUAUCGAUAUUCCCAUUCUCGCCAACGUCAUCAACUACGACUUCCCCUCGCAGGCCAAGAUCUUCGUCCACCGUGUUGGUCGUACCGCUCGUGCUGGUCGCACGGGUUGGAGUUACAGUCUGGUACGCGACCAGGACGCACCCUACCUUUUGGAUCUCCAGCUUUUCCUCGGUCGGCGACUCGUGCUGGGCCGCGAGUACGGCGACCAGGUCAACUACGCCGAAGAUGUCGUCGUCGGAAGCCUGCCGCGGGAUGGCUUGUCACAGCACUGCGAGUGGGUCGCCAAGGUCGUCGAAGACUCAACCGAUAUCUCCAACCAGCGCUCCGUCGCCGCCAAGGGUGAGAAGCUGUACAUGCGCACGCGCAAUGCCGCCGCCCUCGAGAGCGCCAAGCGCGCCAAGCAGGUGGUCGCCUCGGACAACUGGGUCGCCAUCCACCCGCUGUUCAACGACGAAACCUCUCAGUUGGAAGCGGAGCGCGAGAAGAUGCUCGCCCGCAUCGGCGGCUACCGGCCCACGGAGACGAUCUUCGAGGUGAACAACCGCCGCAGCGGUAAGCCCGAGAACGAGGAAGCCCUGAGCACCAUCAAGCGGGUGCGCACGACGCUCGACGCGAAGAAGAAGCGCCAGGCGCAGGCCGAAGAACAGUCCGAGUUCGUCGAAGACGCGGUCACCGGAGCCAAGGCUGCUGCUGACGACGACGAUGAGGCCGCUGGUACUGGUGCCUUUGACGACGACGAUGACGAUGAAGCCACCGGCAUCCCCGACAACAUGUCCAUGGCCUCUGAAUCCGACCUCGAAGUCACCUUCUCCGCCUACGGCAGCAACAGCAACAAGAAGGAUACGAAGGACGGCACCGCGGCGGCCACUUCGUUCCAAAACCCCGAUUACUUCAUGUCCUACACCCCCACCACCACCAACCUGGCCGAGGACCGCGCCUACGGUGUGCACUCCGGCACGAACGCCAACUUCGCGCAGGCGUCGCGCGACGCCGCUAUGGAUCUUCUGGGUGACGAGGGCAGCCGCGGGUUCGGCGAGCCGCGCACCAUGAUGCGCUGGGACAAGCGUCAUAAGAAGUACGUCGCCCGCCAGAACGACGAGGACGGCUCCAAGGGCACCCGGCUGGUGCGCGGCGAGUCCGGCGCCAAGAUCGCCGCCAGUUUCCGGUCUGGGCGCUUUGACGCCUGGAAGAAGGGCAAGCGUCUGGGCCGGCUGCCGCGCGUGGGUGAGGCCGAGACGCCGGGGCUGGCUGCUGAUUUGAACGCUGCCGGUCGCGGCGGCCACCGCUUCCGCCAUCGCCAGGAGCGGGCGCCCAAGCGAGCGGAUCCGCUGCGCGGGGACUACGAGAAGAUGAAGAAGAAGAACGAGGCGGCCAAGGAGCGGCAGUUUAGCAAGUUUGGCGGGGCUGCAGCAGGUGGCAAGAGUGAAUUGAAGGGCACCGAUGAUAUCCGCAUUGCGCGCAAGUUGAAGCAGAAGCGGCGGGAGAAGAACGCGAGACCUUCGAAAAAGAGGUAGAUUUUCCUCUGGGAUUCUUUUUCCUUACCUUUUUUACUAUGCUAUGUAUAUACCAUUUGUUCGGGGCUGGUUAUCAAAAUUUUUUUGUGUUUGCAUUCGUUUACUCAUUGUAGAUACCUCUGUGCUUGUGCAAUAAAUAAUGGAUGGAG